CGUUAACCUGUUUUUUAGUGUUAGCUGGAGAAAGCCUGGCCGUCCCUGUCGAUCAAACUCAGGGUGUGAAUUUAUUAUCAGCUCUAAGAAUGAAUUUUCCGCUGUUUAGUUACACGACGCAAACUUCUACGUUGACCGAGACCUCGAGUAACAACGCAAUGGCUCCCUUCUGUUGUCUGUGCCAGGCUUGUCAACGUCACUGGACCAUGCCGACUUCAACCAAGAGGCCAAGACGACAAUGGGCGCAUUUUCCAAAUGGAACAACCUGAAGUCCUCACUUUUGAUGACGAGAUGGGUGAAGCUGACGCUCUCGUACAAUUGCAGCCAACAGUCACGUUAAAAGUGGAACCGACAGUCAUGCCGGAUAAUCUGGAAGCGAAUUCAAAAAUGAGAUUGGAAGCGUCCUGGUCUGAUCCAGCACAUAAGGGCGAAGGUAUUGACGGCCAAAGUAGUCCAGGCUUAACUGAUGCCAUCAGGGCAUUCUUCAAUGUUGUACAAAUCGAAAGGACGACGUCGACGGUGCAAUCAACCACAUUUCUGCCAUUCACGACGAAAACUAUUUUCAUUAUGAAGUGCACGCCACUGCCUUUCACCGUUUCUAUUUGUUCACGAGGACCAAAAGGUCCCAGACGGGACUAAGCAUAGCAUCAAUUGAAUUUAUUUUCGAAAGCCCCAAUCAACAAUACCGUCCACAAACAUCAUUUAACUUAAUUAUUUAUUGACAAAUGCUAAACUCUGUAUAUUUUUCUUAACGUGAAAUAAAAAUGUAGUUCCAAAUUUUACUCGA